AUGGCGUGGGCCCUGUCGCAGAUCUUCGUGACCUUCUCGCCCCUCAUGGGCGACUACCUGACGUUCGAAGGCAGCAGGUCAUGGGACGCCAGCGGCUGGGGCGCCAGCCGCUCGUACCCGGACGAGAACUUCGCCCGCGAGAUCAUGCAGCUCUUCACCAUCGGCGUGGCGAAGCUCACGCCAGACGGGCACGUGCAGGUCGACGACCAGGGGGUCGACCAGCCGACGUACGACAACGACGACAUCAUGAACUUCGCGCGCGUCUUCACUGGCUUUGUCCGCCCCCCGGCUCGGGACAACAUCGAGCUGCGGAAUGGUCAGAACUUAAUCGACCCCAUGCGCUUGCGGGCAGGCCACCACGACGUCUUCCCCAAGCGGGACCUGUACGGUGGCUACCUCGGGGACGGUCUGCCUCUGUGCAGCGAGCUGCCAUCGCGCCCCUUUCUGCUCCCCGGCGCCCGCUUCGAGUUCCACGGCUCCUCCGUGCCGAACUGCACCUCGGAAGACACUGAGUACGAUCCCCGCAACAUGCCCGGCCAGGGCGUCACGAAGGUGGAGUCGAUCGCCGAUUGCCAGCAGCGGUGCGCCUCGGUGGCCGGCUGCGCCCACUUCACCCUCGUCGGUUCCGAGAGCUGCCACCUCCAGGACGGCGCCGCCUGGCCGGUCUACCGCCAGCAUGCGACCGCCGGUCCGCCCGGCGACUGCGAGGCCAGCGUCUUCGAGCCCGAGCCCGGCUCCGAGCUGCUGCGGGCGCUAUGUGGCGGCGACGUCGGGGACUGCAGACCCGCGCCCUCCCGCACGCUGGCGUCCGCGCUCGCCUGCCGCGGUGCCGAGUGCUCGCUGGACAGCCUGUCCAUCGUCAAGGCGGCGGGCGGCUACUACGAGUUCGUCCCGCCAGCGUGCGUCCACCCGUUCUUCUUCCAGGAGAGGUACACCACGGACGCGCCAGUCCAGGUGCACGAGGACGGCUCCGUCAGCGCCCACACGGAAGACCUCCAGCACAACCGCUUCCUCGUGAGCUGGAUCGGCCCCGGCCGCGCUCCGGCGGGCAGCUACAACGCCACGGUGGGGGCCGCCGCCGUGUUCGGCACGACCCCCUCCAGCGCCGACGUGCUCGCCACCCUGAAGGUCACCGCGCUCGGCCCGCCGCCGGGCGCCGAGUGUGUGCAGCCCUGCGGCGGCGACGUCAAGGUUUGGGGGUCUUCGCCCCCGGACGUGGACACCGUCUUCGAGGUUGGCGGGCGCUUCUACAGGAACGGGCAGAGCGUCGUGGACUUGGGACCGGCCUCCUUCCGCAACCCGCCGGUCUUCGUGGGCCCGGGGCCGCUGAGGCAGUACGGCAGGGCGCUCGAACGAGCGGUGAGGGCGGAGGUCGACAGCCUGCUGGACCAUCUGCUCCAUCACCCCAACACCCCCGUGUUCAUCUCCAAGAAGCUCAUCCAGCGCUUCGUCACAUCCAACCCGUCGCCGCCGUACUUGGAGUCGGUGGCGCGGGCCUUCACCACUGGCUCUCACGACGGCGUGACGUACUCUGGCGAGGUCGGCGACCUCGGCGCCGCGAUCGCCGCCAUCUUGCUCCACCCAGAGGCACGGUCGUCCGACUCGAACACGGCCGGGUUGCUGCGCGAGCCGAUUCUGAAGUUGGUGCAUCUCAUGCGGUCUAUGGAGUAUGUGGACGUGGCCAGCCAGGAGGUGGUUCUCGAGAACCUGGACGAGGUGAUCGGGCAGUUCCCGUACAGGUCCCCGACCGUCUUCAACUUCUACGACCACAUGUACCAGCCGCCGAGCUUCGCCGAUGCCGCGAUGAUGUCGGAGCCCGAGUCCGAGCCGGAGCCCGAGCCAGAGACGCUGGUGGCCCCAGAGUUCCAGAUCUUCACGCCACCCUUCGCCAUCGGGUUCCUCAACGGCGUGGCCUCCCUGCUCGACCACGGCGUCAGCAAGUGCGAGGAUGGCCUCGGCAGUACUGGCCACGGCAAGGAGUGCCGCCAGGGCAGCCUCAGCUUCGCCCCCGUCGCGCCCGACGUCGCGGAGAGCGUCGUGAGGGAGCUGGACGUCCUGCUCACGGGCGGGCGCCUGGCGCCAGCGAGCAGGGAGCUGGUCCGGGCGGCGUACGAGGGGCACGGCCUGCUCGGGGCUCAGCAGGCCGUGGUGCUCACGCCCGAGUUCCAGACCCUCGGGGCGCCGCAGCACGAGGGCGAGCGCUCCGCGGAGGGCCCGCCGCCGCCGUCCGGCGCGCGGGACUCGUACCGGGCGCUGGUGAUGCUGUUCCUGCACGGCGGCGCCGACACGUACAACUUGCUCGUCCCGAUCGGGUGCAGCCUCUACGGGGAGUACGCGGCCGUGCGGACGAGUAUGGCCAUCGCCGAGGGCAGCCUCCUGCCCGUGACGGCCUCGAGCGAGCAGCCCUGCGGCCAGUUCGGCAUCCACCCCGCGCUGCCGUUCCUCAGGGAGCUGUACGAGACGAGGAAGCAGGCGGCCUUCGUCAGCAGCGUCGGCGCCCUCGUGGAGCCCGUCACGAAGGAGACCUUCGGGCGCAAGACCGGCGGUGCCAAGACCUGUUUGGGUCUCUUCUCCCACUCGCACCAGCAGAUUGCGGCGCACACGCUCAAGUGCCAGGUCCCUGGCGCCGCACCGAGGGGCGGCGGCGGGAGGAUGGCGGACGUUCUCGCCGCCUCGCACGGCAAGGAUGUCGCUUCCUUCUCGACCAUGGGCAUCGUCACUUGGUCCGGGGGCUUCAGCACCGCCGCCGACAUCAUCGACAGAACGGACGGUGCCAUCCGCUUCAACAAGUACCAGGUCUGGAACAGCACGAUCAGCGGCAUCUCCAAGCAGAAGUACGGCAGCAUGUACUGCGAGGAGUACACGCGGGCGUUCGCCGACCACAUCCGCAGCAGCGAGGCACUCGGCGCCAUCCUGGAGAACGUGGAACUCGAGACGGCGGCCACCUACGAGGCGAAGACAACCCUGGCUCAGCAGCUGCACAAGGUUGCCCUGCUGAUCAAGGCGCGGAGCCUCCGCCUUGCGGAGCGCGAUUUCUUUUUCGUGCAGAUCGGGGGAUUCGAUACGCACGGUUCCCAGGACGCGACGCUCUCGGAGAGAUUCGAGGAGAUCGACGGCGCGCUCAGGGACUUUGUUGGGGAGCUCACCCAGCAGGGCGUCUUCGACGAUGUGGUUAUCGUGACGCACUCCGACUUCGGCCGCACGCUGACGUCGAAUGGCGGUGGGACAGACCAUGGCUGGGCCGGAAACCAUGUCAUCCUCGGCGGCGGCAUCAACGGAGGCCAGAUCUUCAACAGGUUCCUGCAGACGUACGCGCCAGACUCCGCGUACGACGCCGGGCGCGGCCGCGUGAUCCCGCGGUACCCGUGGGAGAGCGUCAUGGUUCCGAUCGCGGAGUGGAUGGGCGUGGAGGACCAGGAGCUCGAAGCUGUCUUCCCCAAUCUGCCCAACUUCAAUCGCUCGGCGGACAUCAUCAGUCGCGGCUCCCUGUUCAAGUCCUGA